AUGGCUGCGGCUUCCCUUGAUCAAUCAUGGAGCUUUAGAUUCUUCUUGUUGAUGGCCUCUAUACUGGCAAUCAGCUGCAAGUCGUCCGCCGCCUUCCGGCCAAGCCUAUGGCAGCUCGCCCACGCAACUUUUUAUGGUGACGAGACAGCCUCUGCGACCAUGGGAGGAGCUUGUGGGUAUGGAAACUUGUUCGCUACUGGUUACGGAACAGACACAGUAGCCUUAAGCUCAACUUUGUUCAACAAUGGCUACGCCUGUGGGACUUGUUACCAGAUUAAGUGUUUUCAAUCUCAGUGGUGCUACGGAUCGGUCCCAUACAUCACCGUGACGGCGACCAACCUUUGCCCGCCAAAUUGGUCUCAGGACUCCAACUCCGGCGGGUGGUGCAACCCCCCUCGAACCCACUUUGACAUGUCCAAGCCUGCUUUCAUGAAAGUUGCAGAGUGGAAGGCUGGCAUUAUCCCUGUCAUGUACCGCAGAGUGCCAUGCCAAAGGGCUGGAGGGCUUCAAUUCUCUUUCCAAGGAAAUGGGUACUGGUUGCUGGUGUAUGUGAUGAACGUUGGAGGUGCCGGAGACAUUGCUCAGAUGUGGGUGAAAGGAAGCAAAACGGACUGGAUAAGCAUGAGCCACAACUGGGGAGCAUCGUACCAGGCAUUUGCUGCUCUGGGAAGCCAAUCUCUUUCUUUCAGGCUCAUCUCAUACUCUACCAGGGAGACCAUAAUUGCAUGGAAUGUUGCCCCUGCAAAUUGGAAUGUAGGAUUGACUUAUCAGGCCACUGUGAACUUCCAUUGA